UGUCAGUUUCAGUUCGCUUUUCUCAUUCAUUCGUGUCGGUCGUCGAUUUGUUCGCGAUUUGUGUGCCGUUUUUCAGUAAUUCUAAUCCUCAGCAUAUUUUUACCAGCAGCUUUAUUCAGCUGGAUUAGUAGCCAAGAAUUAGGCACACGUGACGAUUGCUAAUAGUUGCUAGUCCUUUCGCGAGCAUGUUACAAAACUAGAUAGUAAACAAGCUGCAACACUUCGGGCAUACAUUAUACUACAACGCUGUGUCAUUUUCCACAUCAGAAGUUAUUCGAUUGCCCUGUUCGCUCGCUGGCAGGCUGUAAUAGGUGUGCAUUGGAUUGGUACGACGUUUUACCAUCAUCGUGGUGUUUUAAUGUGAAGGUCGCUAUAAUACAUAAUCCACACGCGUGACGAUUGUUGGAUAACCGAAACUGCAAAUCAGUACAGUACAUAGAACAAAGAACAGCUCAGCUCAACGACAGAAUCGAUAUCGAUUUUGCAGGAGCGCGCACCAUCGGAAGAAGACAACGGGAGUGACGAAGCGGUGCGCGGCUAGGAAAACAAAAAUAAUAUAUCGUACGAUACGCGAACAGAGCGAGACCGAAUAGGCAAAUAGUACUCGCGCAGGAAAGGGAAGCAAGACGCAGAUUUUGCGCGACUGCUGUUUUCCACCCCCCGUCGUUCUCGUGUGCUCAUCGUCACCCAUCGUUCUUCCUCUCGGUGAUCCGGAAACUGCCUGUUCUGCAGCGUGUGUGCGAUUUGCAGCCUUCUCUAGCGCUGUUCGGUGUAGCGAGAACUAGUUCUGCUUGAAUCAGCCAGUUCACGACACACGAAAGAACGUGGCGAGAGAGCUAAACGGGGGAAGCCCUAUAUAGGAUAAUUGUUGACGGGACAACAAUGGACACGGCAGUCGAGACGGCGAAUCAUUUUGUGGCUUUCGGACAAGCAUCAACUGACGACAAUCUAAGGAAGCCACUUUUGAGUAAAACAAUGACGUCAACGCCAUCUUCUGUUCCCACCACCACUACGAACGGCCAGCUGCGUUAUGUAGAGUGCAACGGAAAUGGGUCAAUCGGCGGCGGCGUCGAUAGCAACAGCAAUAAUACGGUGGACAGCGAGGAGGAAGAUGAGGAUCGAUCGGCCCGACAGUCACUGAUCAUUCUGGCGGCGAUCUUUUUCACCAGCUUGUUUGCGAUGAUCUACGUGUACGCGAUGUUCCCCGAGUUGGAUGAGUCGGAAAAGCAGUACAUCAAGGUACCGUUCGACAUCGAAGAUGCUAAACAGUUGGGCCGGGUGCUGGACCGGUACAAAGAUCUGUACCAGCUGGAGGUGAUGUUCGGUGUCAUCUUGGUGUAUAUAUUCCUACAAACCUUCGCCAUUCCCGGUUCGCUGUUCCUGUCCAUCCUGAGCGGAUUCCUGUACAACUUCCCGGUCGCCCUGACGCUCGUGUGCUUCUGCUCAGCCCUAGGUGCCACCCUUUGCUACCUGCUCUCGCAGGUUGUCGGCCGCCGCUUGGUCAAACAUUACUUUCCGGAGAAGGCCCGCGUCUGGGCCCAUCAGGUCGAUAAACACCGGGAAGAUCUGCUGAGCUACAUGCUGUUCCUGAGGAUGACCCCGUUUCUGCCGAACUGGUUCAUCAACCUGGUGGCACCGGUGAUCGGGGUGCCGCUGUAUCCGUUUGCACUAGGGACGUUCCUGGGCGUGGCACCGCCCUCCUUCAUUGCCAUACAAGCGGGGAAGACGCUGUACAAGAUGACCAGUUCGAGUGAUGCGUUCAGUUGGGGUUCGGUUACCCUGCUGGCGGUGUUUUCCGUAUUUUCGCUCGUUCCCGUCAUAUUCAAGCGUUUCUUUAAGUCUAAGAUUGAUUAAACGCAGGCUAGACGAAGAAGGCAGCAUCAGCUGGUUGGUUUGUUCGGCCACAAGCAAAACUGGUUAAGUCAUCGGAAUUCGAACGGGCAGCGGAACGUGCGUCUCAAGUGUAUGAAAGAGUAGUAUAAUUAUAGCCAAAGAUAUGUAAAAAGCUAUCUACAAACGAUUAGUGUUGAGUUAUAUAGUUUAGAAAUGUUAAUUGCUAGGGAUCAGGAAUGCGCUUUUGUUGAGCGGGAGUAGCUUUAGGGCAGUGAAGAGCCAAACAAGCUGGAAUCAUCGAGCUCUGAUUUUUCAACGACUUUUCAACAAUAGUUGAGUUUGACAAUUUAUUAUUCGUUUAUAAAAGUUAUAAACAUUCGAGAACUAAACUUUCCUCGGUUAAAAUAUGACUAGGUUUAUCGACAAUAGAUAAUUUCGAUAGUUUUCUUAAGAGUAGAAAUGUCCGGUAAUUUCUUACUGCUACUGAUGCUCCGACCCAACAUCUGGCGCAUUUUAAUUGGCAUGAGUAUGUGGAUUUGGACUCUUCCCCUUUCGGUGUAAAGUUUAUGAUCCCAUAAGUGUCCCAACUUGGUAUAGAUAAAGUAACGAAAGAAUCGCAUUUUGUUGUUGUGGAGGAAUGUUUUAACCGUCUAAGUUUUCACGAUGGUAAAACAUAAAUAGGUUUAUCGAAAUAAACAAACUAUUACUACAUAUACGGACACGUGCAUAAAGUAUUACAUGUCAAAAAUCCCCAAACGUGAGAUCUGGAUUAAUAGGCGAGACACAACUGUCUCGGUUGUUUUCGUGAGUCACUAGCACUUUACCCAGCGUGGGCAAAUAUUAAAGAAUAAACAUUUUAAACAAGCAUACAACAGCAGCAGGCAGCGAACGCAGACGGGCCACAUCAUACACGGCCACGGAUGGGUUGAAUAAUUCGAAUAGUUGCAGCGCGCGAUAGAGCUUCUUUUUUAAUCGGGAACAGAAACUGUUGUAGUCCAACCCCAAUAUACAUAUACCUAGAUAAUACAAGGGGUAGGGGGACUAUACAGUUGGAAACAAAAUAGCUAAUUAUUAACUCAAUUGAACUUUGAUCGUACUGGAUGUAGUCAGAACAAUUGUUCAUUGUUUACACGUGCAAAUAUAACAGGUAAAUCAUACAAUUACACAUCAGCUAUGUUGCUUGGUUACGCGUGAGGAUAAAAUAUUGAUAUCAGACAAAAAAUAACAUCCUACAUAUUCCGAUAAUGAAGCAAAUAAAUUGUUGUAAAACGCGA